AUGGCGGCCAAGGUAGCUCUCGUCGCGCUCAUUAUAUCAUUCCUCCUGGCCGCUUCUCCGGCCAACUCCGAACGACGGGGGUUCCGCGCCACCAUGAUCCGGAGGGAAACGGCCAUCAACUUCACGCGUGCCGCGCGGCAAUCUCACGAGCGGCUGUCCAUGCUUGCCGCCCGGCUCGAUACCGCCGCAAGCCGGCAGAGCACGCAGACCCCCCUUCGUGUGGAUGCGGACGGCUUAGGCUACGACAUGGAGUUCUCCAUCGGCACGCCGCCGCUGAAACUGUGGGCCGCUGCCGACACCGGCAGCGACCUCAUCUGGACCAAGUGCGGAACUUGCGCGUCCUGCGCGCCGCAGGGCUCCCCUUCCUACUACCCCGACAAAUCAUCCUCUUUCUCCAAGCUUCCGUGUUCCGACUCUCUCUGCAGUGCUCUGCAGUCUGAGUCGUUCGUGACGUGCAGCGCCGGCGGCACCGAGUGCGACUACCGGUACCUCUACGGCCUUAGUACUAAUUCGCACCAUUACACACAGGGGUACAUGGGGAGCGAGACCUUCACGCUCGGCAGCGACGUCGUGCCGGGCGUGGGCUUCGGCUGCACCACCAUGUCGGAGGGUAACUAUGGCACGGGCUCUGGCCUCGUUGGGCUUGGCCGCGGGCCGCUGUCCCUCGUCUCCCAGCUCGGCGUCGGUGCAUUCUCGUACUGCCUCACCCCUGACGCCAAGGCGAGCCCUCUCCUUUUCGGCUCCCUCGCCACCUUGACAGGCACCGGCGUCCAGUCCACACCGCUGCUUAUUGGGAUCGACACCUUCUACGUCGUGAACCUGCAGAGCAUCUCGAUCGGUGCGGCGACGACGGCCGGCACUGGAAAUAACGGCAUAGUGUUCGACUCCGGAACGACAUUGACGUUCCUUGCGGACCCGGCCUACUCGGCGGCGAAGACGGCAAUCCUGUCCCAGACGGCACUACCCCGGGUGGCUAACAGGGGCGGAUACGAGGCGUGCUUCCAGUUCUCCAACGGGAGCUCCAUGACUCUACCGCCGAUGGUGCUGAACUUCGACGGGGCCGACAUGAACUUGCCGACGGAGAACUUCUUCCAGGAGGUGGAGCACGGCGUGUUGUGCUGGAUCGUGCAGAAGUCCAGCAGCAUGUCCAUCAUCGGCAACAUCAUGCAGAUGAACUACCACAUACGGUACGACGUCGAGAAUUCGGUGCUUUCGUUCCAGCCGGCCAACUGCGACAGCCUCUGA